AUGAGAAGCUCAGGUCCAGGUCAUAAAGGAACUGGGGGAGCAAAACCUCGAGAAGGUUACAUGACACAGAGAAGGGAUGAGGUAUACUGGACCUGGACAAAGCAGUAUACCAUCUGCACCAAUAGAGGUGCAAACAAAAGCAGCCUAGGAUUUUCCUGGUCUUCUACCAGCCCAAAAUGUGUACAAGGGCUUCAUGGAUUCUAUGUUCACGCUUUUGGUGACACCACCAAUAGUUGCAUGUCUACUGGGCCGCAUUCUAAUCUUACUAAGAACGAACAUGGGGCACUUGAAAAUGAGAACUGCCAUGUUGGUGAUCUUGAAAAUGUGACUGCUGGCGAAGAUGAGACUGUUAAUUUUAGCACAAAUGACAAGCGGAUUCUUCUUAGUAGACCAAAUUUCAUUAUUGGAAGGGCUAUUGUUGUCCAUGCUGAUCUUGAUGACCUCGAAAAGGAUAAACUUUACUCUUCAGAUAUUUAUGUUAACUUCAUGUUUCAUUAA